GCAGGAGGAGCUGCAGACUGUCAAGAGGGAGGGAGCACCAGGGUGAUGUCAGCAAGAACUGUGUUCUGGCUCUCAGUUGAGAAGCCCUGUAGAGAGAGGACUUCGACCAAAGAAGCGAAACAAGAGAAGAAAGCAGCGACUUCAGCCUUAAAAAAAGAAAAAAAGUAUCACUGACAACUUUUUGCUGCUGGAAAAUAACCCUCAACCUCUCCUCUCGUCGUUUUGAGCGUGGAUUUUCUGUGGGUGGAAAUACUCUCAAAAAUAAGGAAGAAAUCAGAGCAACAACGAAUCGACUGGAUUCGAGCCUUCGACAAAAUAACAACAAUAUACCUCUACAGAAGAUCAAUCCUGAGCUGUAUUCGAAGAUGGGAAGCGAGACACAGAGAAAGGGGGGAGUCUGGUUGCACUGAUCGAGGCACAGAGACGGUCUGAGUAAGGGAAGAGAGACAGAAAAAUCUAGAAGAAAAGUGAAAAAUUGAUUUUUUUUCCGGCGUAUUGAAGGAGGGGAGUUGUUUUCUUUUUAAAAAUUUCCUGAGGUAAAUAAUGUUUGUUUUUUUUAUUUUGAUCGAGUUUUUUUUGGUCGUCCGUUGGUGAGUGUGGGCUAUGCACAUCCGGGCCACCGGGCUGGAGGAGGCCAUCAUUGUUCGCUCGGGGAAAGGGGGGAAAAGCGGCGGCGGCCGCUGGCGAACGGGAGAUACCAUCACCAUUAGCAACAGCAGCAGCCGGAAUUAAACCUCAUUUAAAAAAUAUAAACAUACAAAUAAAACAUAAACGCUCGGGAACAUGUCUAAUCAAGGAGCCAGGAGGAAUGGGCCAGUAAAGUUACGUCUAACAGUAUUAUGUGCUAAGAAUUUGGUGAAGAAAGACUUCUUCCGACUCCCUGACCCCUUUGCAAAGGUGGUAGUAGAUGGGUCAGGACAGUGCCAUUCUACAGACACAGUAAAGAACACACUAGAUCCAAAGUGGAAUCAGCAUUAUGAUCUAUAUAUUGGGAGAUCUGAUUCUAUAACAAUCAGUGUUUGGAAUCACAAGAAAAUUCACAAGAAACAGGGCGCAGGCUUCCUUGGUUGUGUGCGACUCCUUUCCAAUGCCAUCAAUCGCCUUAAAGAUACUGGUUACCAGAGACUGGAUCUAUGCAAACUAAGCCCUAAUGACAAUGAUACUGUAAGGGGACAGAUAGUAGUAAGCCUUCAGUCUAGGGAUCGGAUAGGCAGUGGAGGUCCUGUCGUGGAUUGCAGCCGUUUGUUUGAUAAUGAUUUGCCAGAUGGCUGGGAAGAACGAAGAACUGCCUCAGGUCGAAUACAAUAUCUAAACCACAUCACACGAACAACGCAGUGGGAAAGACCUACUCGGCCGGCCUCUGAAUAUGCUAGUCCUGGCAGGCCACUGAGUUGCAUUGUGGAUGAGAAUACGCCAAUUACACCAGCAAAUGGUGCUUCAUGUGGACAAACCCCUGACCCACGGAUGGCAGAGAGGAGAGUGAGGUCACAAAGACACAGAAACUAUAUGAGUCGGACACAUUUGCACCUCCCACCAGAUCUCCCAGAAGGUUAUGAACAAAGAACAACGCAACAAGGUCAGGUGUACUUUCUACACACACAGACCGGGGUGAGCACAUGGCACGAUCCUCGAGUACCCAGGGAUCUUAGCAACGUUAAUUGUGAGGAACUGGGGCCUUUGCCUCCAGGUUGGGAAAUCCGCAAUACGGCCACAGGAAGGGUCUACUUUGUUGACCACAACAACAGGACAACACAGUUUACAGACCCACGCUUAUCUGCGAACUUGCAUUUUAUUUUAAAGAGGGACUCGAACCAAGGACCGAAUCUACAUUACCAACAUACCAGUCGUCAGAAUCACCUGAAGGAACAACAGCAGCAACAGCCGCUACCAGCACCUCCAAUCCUCCUGCCUGAUGAAGCUGAAUGCCUGACUGUGCCAAGAUAUAAACGAGACCUGGUCCAGAAGCUUAAAAUCCUGAGGCAAGAACUCUCUCAACAACAGCCCCAGGCUGGCCACUGUCGCAUUGAGGUUUCCAGGGAAGAGAUAUUUGAGGAAUCUUAUAGGCAAGUAAUGAAGAUGAGACCGAAGGAUUUAUGGAAACGAUUAAUGGUAAAAUUCCGGGGUGAAGAGGGAUUAGAUUAUGGAGGUGUUGCUAGGGAAUGGCUUUAUCUUCUGUCUCAUGAAAUGUUGAACCCAUACUAUGGACUCUUCCAGUACUCCAGAGAUGACAUCUAUACAUUACAAAUCAAUCCAGACUCUGCGGUCAAUCCUGAACACUUGUCUUACUUCCAUUUUGUUGGCCGGAUUAUGGGGAUGGCAGUGUUUCAUGGACACUACAUCGAUGGGGGCUUCACUCUUCCCUUCUAUAAACAGCUGCUGGGAAAGUCGAUCACACUGGAUGACAUGGAGUCUGUGGACCCAGAUCUACACAACAGCUUAGUCUGGAUCCUUGAAAAUGACAUCACAGGUGUCUUGGACCACACAUUCUGUGUGGAGCACAAUGCCUAUGGAGAAAUCAUUCAACAUGAACUAAAACCAAAUGGAAAAAGCAUUCCUGUAACAGAGGAGACCAAGAAAGAAUACGUUCGGCUAUAUGUGAACUGGCGAUUUCUGCGAGGUAUCGAAGCACAGUUUCUUGCUCUGCAGAAAGGAUUCAAUGAGGUUAUCCCACAGCAUCUGCUGAAAACAUUUGAUGAGAAGGAGUUGGAACUAAUUAUCUGUGGACUUGGCAAGAUCGAUAUUAACGACUGGAAAUCAAACACUAGGUUGAAACACUGUACACCAGAUAGCAAUAUUGUUAAAUGGUUCUGGAAGGCAGUGGAGUCUUUUGAUGAAGAAAGGCGAGCCCGAUUACUCCAGUUUGUAACAGGAUCCUCUCGAGUGCCUCUGCAGGGUUUUAAAGCGUUACAAGGUGCAGCAGGUCCAAGGCUCUUCACCAUUCACCAGAUUGAUGCCAGCACCAACAACCUCCCCAAAGCACAUACCUGCUUUAAUAGAAUUGACAUUCCUCCCUACGAGAACUAUGAAAAACUCUAUGAGAAGCUGCUAACAGCCAUAGAAGAGACUUGUGGGUUUGCUGUGGAAUGAUUGUUUUGUGAAUCAUGGGACUUCCGUACGCAACUGUCGGUGAGGGCUUUCUCCUGCCGAGGUUCCAGCAGUGCUUGGAAUAUACAGGAUGUCUUUCCCUUACCUAGCGAGAGCACAGCAAGAGGGAUUGGAUGAUUAGGGAAUUUUGAGGAAUUUGGUCACCUGGCAUUUGCCAUGAGACUAUCAGCUGCUAAACUAAUAUCUGGAAAAUUACAGACUGCUAGCUUUUUAUGAUUUGACCAGUUAGCAGUAUUCUUGAUAGCGUUUCUGACUUAAAAGACUACUACAACAAUUUUGACAUCUGUCUUAAGCCCAUCUACUCCUUACUAAUGAAUAAUACCAUCAUGCGUCAUGAUGUAGACUGCAGCAAUCGGUACAACAAAACCAUUGUUGGGCUGAUGCAACUAUACCAUCAUUGCACCUUUUUUCCUACUGGUCAUUCAUUUGGUAGUGAAGUAUCUAUUAACAACAGUGCAGUAACUGAGCUAUCAUAAAGUAAAUAUUCCAAAUGAAUUCUCAAAUGGAAAAUUGGCUUUUUUAAAUUUUCAGUCGUCUUCUUGGUGUAUUGCAAACCAACGUCUGUUAGGCAAGUUAUUUUUGUACAAAAUCAUCAUAGGAGAAACAUUCCACUUCAUUUUGGCCAAUUCAGUCAUAACCACUUUUCUCCUACCCCUCCCAAAAUGACAGGGAAGAAUCUUUUUAUGAACUGCAUAUUACCAGCCAGCAUUGCUAACUGGGAAAUUUUCUUUUGUCAUUUUUCUUUCGUUAUCGCAUCAGUUAUAUUACGACAUGGGAAUAAUUACUCCUUUAUAGCAUAUUAAAAGCAACAACACUCUACAAUGCGAUGUUGGUUUAUGCUCUCAGAAUGUUUUCUAACAUGAAGUGUGUGAGUAUAUUCCAUCUUUUAUUAGUUAUAGCUGGGCUGAGACAAACUUCAUUGUAUAGCCAACAAUUAUUAAAGCAAAAGUUAAAUAUAUAAAUUUAAAGAGAGUUGUCCUCGGUUAUGCUUUUCUAUCCAUUGAUGAAUUAUGACUUGUAUAUUAAAUUGAGGCAGCUCAAAACCCCACAUUGACUUUUUUUUAUAAAGAGUUUGAGAUUUUUUUUGUAAUUUUAAUGAUAGGAAAUGUUCUGCAGAUCCUAUCCAUUCACGUGAGUUUUAAUAUAUUUAUAACCUGUUGACAUUCUUGUCAAAUAGUAUUUCUGUACUGGGAGCACCUGUUGAUACAGCAUUCUUAUUUUUUUUGCCCUGCACUGCUGCCUAUCAAUUGCAAAAGCAUCAUCCAGCAGUGAAGUGUUCUGCAAUGGUGCUUUGUACAGUCUUGGGUGAGGCAUAUAUAUAAAUCUGAGGCUAAUACUGUGACUAUUACAACUUUUAAGUUAAGAUACAAUUAACUUUUAUUUUAAACCACUUUUUGCACAUCUUAAGACUUUAGUUCUGUUUGGUUUGUUGACCUUUCCUCUCCCCUCCCCCUCCUCUUUCCUACCAAUCCUAAAAGGUUAACAGCUGACAUCCCAUUACCAGAACAAAGUCUUCAAUGGACAUUUACAGCCGUGUUCUUCUGAUGAAUGUCCAAUGCACACGUGGUCUAUUUUCAUGAUCUGUUCAGAACCAUCCAUAACACUACACCUAAGUUUAUCAAUAAUGGAUUUAAAAAUGGACUGCGUACCAAGAAGGAAAAGCUAAAAUCAGCAAUUAGAGUGUUGCUCUUGUAAUAAACUGCAUGCUUCAUCGUACAGCCAAUAGCUCCUAGCAUGCGCCCAUGGCUUCACAGACUUGAAAUAUGCUGAAUAAAUGGAAUAAUAUGUUAUAGCAGACAGGAGCAGUUCACUGUAUGUAACACUUAUUGGUUAAUAGAAUAUUGUCUACCAGUUGUUAAAAUCUUUUUUAUAUAGAUGUAAUUAGUUUACGAUUAACCCCUUGGCUUUAUUUCCCAGUUCUUAAAAACACCAUAUUUUAUUUUGUUUUUAGGUUUUUCUCAUUUCCAUUUUAUUUUGUAUUUAUUACAGAGUGUUUUAGCGUCGUUAACACAUUGUAUUUCACUCCCGCUGUUACAUGGGCUUUAAUAAUUAAAAAAAAAACAAAACUGUAUGGAAAACAAAACUUUGCGUGUACACCCAUGCAGAAUGAGCAAUAAAGUGUAUGCUGUUUGCACCCUCACAGCAUAACCAGUUCAGUUUA